CAGCAGACAGCAGCAGCGCCUGUGAGUUGAGCGCUUGCAGCCGCCCCGUUUCCCCCUUCGAGCACCGAGGCGGAUAUCGCAACCGAGAGAGAGAGAGAGCCAUCGGACGAAAUCCAGUGCCCGUGUGGUCGAUCAGACCUUCGAUUCCCGGCCCAUCCAUGGACGAGCAGGCGGGUCCUGGUGUGUUUUUCAACAACAAUAACAAUUCGGUUCUUCCCGGCGGAGCGAAAGCGCCACAACCGGGCGACGUCGGCGGCGGAGAGGCGGCCCGAGCUCAGUACAGUGUCCCGGGGAUUUUACACUUUCUGCAGCACGAGUGGGCCCGUUUCGAGGUGGAGCGCGCGCAAUGGGAGGUGGAACGAGCCGAACUGCAGGCUCAGAUCGCGUUCCUGCAGGGCGAGAGGAAAGGCCAGGAGAAUCUGAAGAAAGAUUUGGUGAGACGCAUUAAGAUGCUGGAGUACGCUCUUAAACAAGAGAGGGCAAAAUACCACAAGCUGAAAUAUGGAGCCGAGCUGAAUCAGGGCGACAUGAAACCACCCAGUUACGACUCAGAUGACGGCAACGAGAACGAGACGCUUCCUGAACCACCCAACAGUCAGCUGAGCUGGAAACAGGGCCGGCAGCUGCUGAGACAAUACCUACAGGAGGUGGGCUACACAGACACCAUUCUGGAUGUGAAGUCCCAGCGGGUCAAAGCUCUGCUCGGUCUGGCAGGAGACAGUGGAGAGAGACCCGGUGAUCAGAGACAGGAACCCAUGGUGAACGGAACUGAAGCGUCCUCAGUGAAGGACAGCAGUAACACCAUGAUGGGUAAACCAGAGAUGUCCGACUCUGCCUCGGUGCUCGAAGCCUUCAAGUUCAUCGAGAAAGCUGCUGCAGAGUUCACUGAUGAAGAUGAGGAUGAAGAUAGUGAUGGACAAAACAAGACCAUCAUGGACCUUGCCACAAUGGUGAGGAGGAAGGUGUCUCCAUCGCCCUCCUCUUCCUCAGCAGACACGAGCGAUGAUCUUGAAACUGACGAGGUUCUGAAGGGUUUUGAUUUUCUGGCUAACAGUGAGGACAUGGAGGGUCUGACUGAAGCGCCCCCUGCUGGAGAGCGAGGUGACUGGGAGAAGGUAGAGCAGAGCCCUUUGUCUGAGGCGUGGGACGUGGAUGAGGGGCUGAUCUCUAAACUCAAGGAACAGUACAAGAAGGAGCGCAAGGGCAAGAAAGGGGUGAAGAGGCCCAACAGGUGUAAACUUCAGGACAUGUUGGCUAAUCUCCGUGACGCUGAGGAUUUAUCAUCCAUUCAGCCUCCGGUGGCACCUCCGGUUCGCCCGAGUUUGCCCCGUCUCAAUGAGCAUCAGCUGGGCCGCACGGACGAGGUUGAAGCCAUGACGUUCCCCCCCUCCUCGGGAAAGUCAUUUAUCAUGGGGCCAGAUGAGGCUCUGGAGACUGAACUGGGUCUCGGAGAACUUGCCGGUCUCACAGUGGCCAAUGAAGCUGAGAAUCUGUCUUAUGAUAUCACCACCAACAAAGAUGCCCUGCGCAAGACGUGGAACCCAAAGUUCACGCUGAGGAACCAUUUUGACUCCAUCCGCGGUCUGGCGUUCCACCCGGUGGAGCCGGUUCUGAUCACCGCGUCUGAAGAUCACACUCUGAAGAUGUGGAACCUGCAGAAAACGGCUCCAGCCAAGAAAUGUGCAGCUCUGGAUGUGGAACCCAUCUACACGUUCAGGGGUCACAGGGGUCCGGUUCUGUGUGUGGUGAUGAGUUCUAGUGGAGAUCAGUGUUUCAGUGGUGGAUUGGAUGGAACCAUUCAGAGCUGGAACACUCCCAAUCCAAACAUCGACCCGUAUGACUCGUAUGAGCCGUCUGUGCUGCGGGGGUCGCUGAGUGGUCACACAGAUGCUGUGUGGGGAUUGGUCUACAGCUCGGCUCAUCACCGACUCCUGUCGUGCUCCGCGGACGGGACGGUGAGAUUGUGGAAUGCUGCGGAUACCUCACCGGCCAUCACAGUCUUCAAUGAGAGUAAAGAAAUGGGCAUCCCAUCUUCUGUGGAUCUGGUGUGCAGUGAUCCCGCUUACAUGGUCACGGCGUUCAGUAACGGCAGGAUGGGCAUCUUCAACAUGGAGACCCGACAGCUGGUUCUGGAGCUGGAGUCCCAGUCCGCCAGCAAACCUGAUGCGCCGUGUCAGAUCAAUAAAGUUCUCAGUCACCCCACGCUGCCGAUAACAGUCACAGCACAGGAAGAUCGCCAUAUCCGAUUCUUUGACAACACCACAGGUAAACUGAUACACUCAAUGGUGGCUCAUCUGGAUGCUGUGACCAGUCUCGCCGUGGAUCCAAAUGGACUCUAUCUGAUGUCUGGCAGUCACGACUGCUCUGUGCGUCUCUGGAACAUGGAGAGCAAGACGUGUAUUCAGGAGUUUACCGCUCACAGGAAGAAGUUCGAGGAGUCCAUCAAUGAUGUGGCAUUUCACCCCACCAAGUGCUACAUCGGCAGUGCGGGAGCAGAUGCCCUCGCCAAAGUGUUCGUAUGACCUUUGACCUCUGACCAAAACUGCUUUCACAGAGUCGUAAGAGGGGAGUGAGGCGUGGAACCUGAGCAGUAAACAGGACGGUGAAUGAGGGGUCCGAUGUGGGUUUGAGGUUAUGCAGGAAUGAAUGAUGGUGUCUUGAGGAAGUAGAAUAAUUUCAUCUAAGCUCUCCGACACCCCCGCUCCCUUCAUGAACCCCUGACAGCGUCUGACUCAUCCGGGCAGGCCUGGGUGCAUCACAGAGGGAUAUUCCUGCCCCGCCGAAAACGUUCAGAUGGGAGUUUCUGCAGUAAGGUGCUCUUCAGGGCUCCUCCAUCAAACAUCUGUGACACUCCACUGACUGCCGGCCUCUCUUCAGCCUCACAGGAAGUUGAGUGCUUCCCCGCUUCUCUCGAUUUCCUUGCGUGAGAGUUCGUUUGACCCGUGCGAUGUUUGAUCCUCUGGUUUGGUUUUACAUUUGCUCCUUUUAAAAACAUGUGCCUUUUGCUUCAAACAGUCUUGAGAAUGUCUUUUCUUUGCUCUCACACUGUAUUUUUCAAAGAGGGAACUAAAACAGCGUAGCGUCUUUCUUGUUUAUAAGUCACCAAAUGCAUCCGAUUAUUCUUACAUCAGACUUAUUUAGAUCUGAUUCCGUUCAGUGAUUUUAACACAGAAUGUAAAAGUCACUUCUCUUGUACGGCGUUUACUUGAUGUGACACUGGAGCGACAGUCAUUAUCGCAAUAUCAAUGAAAGAACAUCUUACUAAACAUUUUAGCGGAAAUCAAAAGAAAUUCAGUACAUUUGAACGAAAAUGAAGCCUGUUUCUGCUCAACUGUGUUUUUAGUUUCUGACACUAUCUUCAUGACAGUUUUGCACAUCAUCACUAUGAUGGUUUGGUAAUUACUUUAGAUUCCUUAGUUAUUGUAUAACAUUCAUCAACAUUUUUACAUUUAUUUAAAAAAAUUGAGUGAAAGCAGUAUAACAAAUACUACAGAAUAUCUCAUUAUUUUAGGAUUAACAGGUUUUUUGAGGGUUGUGCUAAACUGCUGUUGAAAAUAAUGUCACAGUACAGAAAUUCUAAAUGGUUUAACAAUAGGCUUUGUUUGAUUGAUUUAUGGUACAAAUCAUUUCUUUUGAUUUUCUGGUAAAAUAUCUGUCAUGUGACACAUGUUUAACUUCAUGACGUGUGUUCUGUUGGAUUAAUAUUGAAGCUUAUUUUCAAUGUUUUAUGGUCAAGUAUGAGCUCGUAUCGGAGCAGAUCACUUCUGUUUUGACUUGUUUUUUUUUUCAAACAUUGCCAUUUGUGAUGCGCGUCGUACCAAAAAACUUGAGAAUGUCAUCAUUUGACCAUUUUAGAGCAGAUUCUUCACUCAGAAGUCUUACAUUAGAGCUUCAGUGUGUUUUUGACAGGCUGAACUCUGUACAAUGAUUCAACAUUUAUAUUGGUUGGACGUUUAAAUCUGUCGUGAUGUUUAUUUAUUUUUGUUUGCCUUUAAAGCCAAAUUAAUUAGAAUUUAGAGUUGAGUAAGACUUGACCUGCACACUUAAUGUAAUGAUGUAAUGUUUUAUGAUAUUCCCCCUCUGCUUUAGUUCUUACAUCAUCAGGUGUGUGUGAUUCACCUGAUGUCUUCUGCUCACGACUCCCUCCUGCAUCACUGAUGGUUUAUGUUUAGAUGAGAUUAUUUAAAAAUAUAUAUAUUUUAUAUAUAAUUGUUUGGAAGUAGUGAUAUUUUUCUCAUUGUGUGAUUGCUGAGCGAGAUUACAGAUGGUUGUGACUCGAGUUUAAUGCAGGAAGAGGUUUUAUUUUAAUUCUUGUUUUAUAUGAAUUCGUCUGUCAUUACUUGAAAUGUGUGUGUGUGUGUGUGUGUGUGUGAGUUUUCAUUCUAAUCUGGAAUCGUUUUGCCUUUAACAGAUAACAUGAGCACUACAGAACAAGUGUUUGUGUUUCCUUCAGGUCCUGUGACGCAAGGGAAUCAUGACUUUGCCAAAUGAUUUUAAAGAGUUCACUUGUCAUCAUGUACUCGCCCUCAUUCUGAAUCCAGUGUUCAUUUCUUACUGCAACCGAGCACAAAGCAGAUUUAGCAGGACAUGUUUUAAUCAUGCAAGUGAAUGAUUUUAUCCGCAGAUUCAAAUGUAAGUGAAUCUGUGUGAUUCAUAAGCUUCAUUCGCUCUCCUGUUGAGCCACACGUUAGCUUUAUGAUUUCUAGUCGAAUGAAUGUUGGAUUUUGAACAAUGAGGAUGAGUAAAUGGUGUUCAUUUUACUUCGAACUGUCUCUUUAAAUUUGGUUUAAAGCUCGUGCACAGGUAGCUGGGUGGGACGUUGGCGUGCGUGCGUGAACGAGCGUUUGUUGUUUUUCGUAAUAGUAAAUAUAUUUUCCGAUUUCGUUCAAUUUGGUGCGUAUUAAUCUUAGAGAUAUAAAAUAUGUAUAGUUUUAAAGUAUUGGUCAACAAUCUAUUUAUGAACAGAAUACAGUGUAUAUUAACCUGCAAAGCUAACAGUGACGAUUAACCAAUGUUUGUGAUCCUAGUUGUGCAGGAGAGUGAAGUUUAGCGCCACCUGCUGGUCAGAGAUGGGUACUGUUCGCGGACUCCAUGAUUUGAUUACUGAUCGAUUGAAACGCUUCAAUAAAAUCUCACACAAACAGAGUGAGAAGUGUAUAUUUGAGGAGAAUUUGAAUCUGUUUUCACAUUAGUGCGUCACCUUGACCUGGUAUGGCAUGCAGUCACUUCGAAUGUGAUUGGACGAAUGUUAUUAUGAUGUCAUAAUGGGAAAUUUGCAGUCUGGAUUUUGCCUGUAUAGAGCUGUCACUGAGCUUUUAACCUUUCGGUUGUAUAGAGAGUUUGGAAAGAUUGUGUGAAUAAAUGCUAUACUCCUCUUGUACAUAUUUUAUUAUUGAUAUUACAGUUUAUUCUUGAUUUAAUUGUUGUAUUCUUCCCCCACCAGAUGGACAUUUAUCAAUAUAAUACAAUAAUAAAGAAUAUGUUGUAUUUCA